AAAAAAAACAAUGUAAACAAUGACACGCUUCCUGACUCCUCCUCCACGUGACGUGUGACCUUACCAACGAGCUUACGAGAUCCCUCUCAUGAGCGCACGUCACAGAGAUGUACGGAAGUGAACAUUUGUAGUUAAAAAGUAUAUAAGUAUUGUUUUGUUUCUCAAAAUAAUCAAUCGUUUGCGUUCAGAAGAACUUUAUUUGUCUACUGGAGUCGUGUGGAUUAUUUCAAUGCACCCUAAAUAUGCAUUUUGGACCGUCAAAUAAUGGAGUACAUUCACUUGCAUUGUUUAGAGAAGGCCUGAUAUGAAACCCUAAAAGUCUUAAAUUCUGUUUUGAUGAAGAAAGAAACUCAGAUACAUCUUGGAUGGCCUGAGGGUGAGUAAAUUAUCAGCAAAUUUUCAUUUUUAGGUGAACUGUUCCUUUAAUUUUGUUUGGUUCUGGUACCCGAUAAUGGAGAUUUCAGUUAUCUGUAAGCAGAUAUGCCGAGGAAAUACAGUUCUCUUUGGACUGUAGUCAUAAUGAGGUAUGGAUACUGUAAUGUUCAGCAAACAAUACUUUAAUGAGGAAAGUAAUGCCCCUUACAUGACACUGCAAACAUCUCAUUCUAACGUCGUCCUUCAAAAGCCUUUGGAUCCUCUUCAGAGGUGCUGGUUAAACCUCUUUGACCUUGCAGAUGAGUCUUCCAGGGAGUGCCAUAGAUGGCCAAAGGAGAGAGAUGAAUGCUGGGUCUGAGCUCACAUUACAGAUGACAGUGCUGUCCUUCAGCUUUAUCUGACGUAUCUUGUAACAGGCCCCAUCACUGCGUGUCUGAAACGGCAACAUGACUGAAGUGAUGAGUAUGGCGGAUGUGUCAACAGGCAUGACAUAUGUAAACGACACAGAAAACACAAACGAAAUAGCUGAUGCUGAUGAUACAAACAUGACCAGUGACGAAAACCAUAAUGAGGAAGAAAAAACGACCAGCACAGCUGAAAUGCUUGACAUGAGUUGUGCGACGGAAGAGGUAGAAAUGAACGGUAUUGCAGAUGUACCAGAAAAGACCAUGUUAGCAGAGAGGGAAGAGACCAAACAGGAGACAAAGACCAUUGGAAAGACGAGAAAGCGAGAGAGGGUCCUGAAAACGAAUGAUGCAAACAUCACCCAAGUGGAUGGUAUGAAUGAUGUUGCUGAUGCAUCACAUGACACGAAUGUGACAAAUAUGUCAGAAGUGGCACUAAAACAAGAGAAACUGCUUAAAACAUCUAAACCUGUACAGAGGAGUUAUGUUCCCAAGUUGGGGAAAGAAGAUAUCAAGAAUAAGUUUGAAGCCAUGCAGAAAGCUAGAGAAGAGAGAAACCAAAAAAGAAGUCAGGAAGAGCAAAAGAAACGCAGGGAGCAGUAUGUUAAAGAGAGAGAGUACAGUCGCAAAAAGCAAAUGAUAAAGGAACUCCUCGCCUCCAGUGAUGAAGAGGAAGAGGUGAAGCCGACCAAGAUAGAGAAAUCCUACGUUCCCAAGAUUACUGGCAGUGUGAAGGGGAAGUUUGCUGAGAUGGAGAAACAGAGGCAGGCGGAGGAGAGGAAAAGAACAGAUGAGGAGCGAAAGAAGCGUGCUGCACAGGAGGCCAUGGAGAAGGCCAAGAUUAAGAAAGAGUUGGCCAAGAAAGCUGAGGAGGAAGGAGAUGACGGCAUUCUGGUAAGAGUGGUACCUGCAAAACCACAGAAACAACCAGGAAAGAUCAAGAUCAACUUUGAGGACAUGGAGAAGACCCGUGAAGAAGAACUAAAAAAGCAGACUGAAGAGGAGAAGAAGAAGAGAUAUGAUGAGAACCAACGGUCUUUCCGUGAGGCCAAGCGACGCUCCAUGGUUGAACAGCUGGAGGAUCCGGAGUCUCAGCCCAUAGACAGGGAGCAGGAAACCCCUGGUAAACUGCAUCUGACCUUUGAAGAACUAGAAAAAGAGAGACAAGAACAGCAGAGAAAGAAGGCAGAGGAGGAAGCCAGACGUAGACUGGAGGAGGAGAGAAAAGCCUUUGAAGUGGCCAAGCUGGGCAUGGCCCAGGAUGAUGAGGAUACUCAGGUUACCCAGGGGGAAAAGGAAGAAUUCAGGCCUGGUAAACUUCGACUCAGCUUUGAGGAGCUGGAAAAACAGAGACUGGAAGAGGAACAUAAACGAGUGGAGGAAGGAAGGAAAAGACGCAUCGAAGAAGAGAGAAAGGCCUUUGCUGAGGCCAGAAAGAGCAUGAUUGUAAAUGAUGAUGACGAUAUUCUGCUAGCUAUGAUAAACUCACAUGGGGUCAAACCUGGGAAGUUGGCCAUCAGCUUUGAGGAGCUGGAAAGACAAAGACAAGAAGAAGAGCAGAAGAGGAAAGAGGAAGAGGCCAAGCGACGCCUGGAAGAGGAGAAAAGACUUUUUGCAGAAGCUCGUAAGAACAUGAGCCCUGGACUGGAUCAGGAUAAUAUGACUGGAUAUGGAGGUGGAGAACUGCAGGAUGAUGAUGAAACCUUGGUGCGGACGGAGUCACAGGAAGCAAUGUAUCCUGGAAAACUAGAGAUCAAUUUUGAGGAGAUGCUAAAGAUGAAAGAGGUGGCAGAGAGGAAACGCAAACAAGAGGCCAGACGCAAGAAAAUGGAUAUGGAGAAGAAAGAAUUUGAACAGUUGCGGCAAGAAAUGGGCGAGGAUGAGAUCAAUGAAAGUACUGAGGUGGUGAGUGCCGAGUAUGAGGAGCUAACGAAGCUGAAGCGGACUGGCUCCAUCCAAGCCAAGACCCUGAAGUCCAAGUUUGAAAAGAUCAAGCAGCUCACAGAGGAGGAGAUCCAGAAGAAGAUCGAGGAGGAAAGAGCAAGGAGGAAAGAAAUUGAUGAAAAAAUCAAGGAGAGAGAGGCAGAGCGCUGUCAAGAGGAUGAAGAUGAGGACAAAACAACUCCAACAAAAGUAGAAGAUGUACCAUUCAGACAGAAAGUGGAUAUGCGUGCACGGUUUGAACAAAUGGCAAAAGCCAGAGAAGAGGAACAGAAGAGGAAGAUUGAAGAACAGAAAUUACAGAGGAUGCAAUUCGAACAACAAGAGAUUGACGCUGCUCUGCAAAAAAAAAAGGAAGAAGAGGAGGAAGAAGAAGGUAGUAUUAUCAACGGCUCUGCCGCCUAUGAGGAUGAAGAGGACCAUGCCAGGUCAGGUGCUCCAUGGUUUAAAAAGCCCCUGAAGAACCAGUCAGUGGUUGACGCUGAGCCCGUCCGGUUCACAGUGAAGAUCACAGGAGAACCCAAACCAGAGGUCACCUGGUGGUUUGAGGGCGAGCUGCUACCAGACUCGGAAGACUAUCAGUACAUUGAAAGAGGGGAGACCUACUGCCUCUACUUACCAGAAACCUUCCCCGAGGAUGAAGGAGAGUACAUGUGCAAAGCUGUCAACAGCCGAGGCACUGCUGCCAGCACCUGCAUUCUCACAAUUGAAACUGAGGACUACUGAUGCUCUCCUUCUCUGGAACUUUCCCAGUCUUUUAGUUUUUCUUUUCUAUUUAAGUUCAUUUCGCACUGUAGGGCCAAAAACCAAGGAAGGAGCGGUAUUCUUUUUUGCCAUUCCUCCCAAAAGAUACGCUCAAUUAUGAAGUGCAAUCUGUUGUUUACAUAAGAUGCUUCACUCACGGUCAAGAAAAAUACAUACUUGGGAUGAAUUAGUGCCAAAAUACAGAUACUGUUUCCACAAUCUUUAGCUAUUGCAUAGCAUAAGUUAAAAGCAUAGCUGAAAAAGAAAUCCACUAAAUUGAAAACAGUUUGUAGUAUGUACAACAUAUAUUCACUAUUAUCUUGAGGAAGGAUUUCAUACCCAUAGAAUGAAUGAGACAUAUUGUUUGAUUCAGUAUCUGCUUUUUAAAAGUCUUCAUGUGAAGGGGGCUGUGAAGGGGGCGGAUUUAGUGAUUUGGGGCCCUAGGCAAAGUACAAGAAUGGGGCCCUCUUCAAUGACAUGAAUUUAGGUCGUUUUUCCCUUAAAGGUGCUAUAAGCCUUUUUAUUAUUAUUAUUUCGUUUUUUAUGGGAUAGUAUGGAGAAAAUAUUCCUACGCACUGAAAGAUAUCACUGACUACGGUUACAUCAUGGACACCAGAAAGCAGCUUAUUGCGAGAAAACAGCGUUCCUGGUUACAUGCACUGUAUAGGCGGCAUACAUUUCUCUAUGUACAUGUGACUCAGUUAGUAAGCAGCUUUCUCCACAGCAAUGCAAUUUUUCUGCAACACUUGUGUAAACAACACACAUGGCAUCCGAGGAAGACUUCACUAUUUUACUCUGUUGAUUCACUUUAUUUUCAGAUAUCCAUAGUUAAUAAUGUCUGACAACACAUUAUAAAAACACAAUCUGGCUACUAUGAAUUACAAUACAUUAUAUACCACUACAAUACCUUUUUCUUUUUCACUCUCCCUUUCUUAAUGCACUUUUCCUCCAUCAACCUUGAAUUAACUAUAUCCAUAUUAUUAGACUAAAAGUUGACUUUGCAUGUUUCCAGAAGGCUUUGAUCAACCUAAAAAUUUGAAAACAUAAAAAAGUUUUAUGCUGCUAAAUAGGGCAAAAACACGUCAACACCCAGAUCAUGAUCAUCAUCAACACUGUGUACUGGUGACUAUAGUGAGUGCUGUGCUCGUGGAAGCAGCGGCGGGUGGCAGUGCAGGCUGUGCAGCAAUCUGAUCAGUUUGGAAAGACCUUAGGACAGGGCUCUUCAACUGCUUUCUUGAGGGUGCCAGAUUAUCCAGAUGAAAACUAACGGGGGCCAAAUUUUUUUUCAGUAUUCAUCUUAGCUAGCACUUUCAUUGCAAGUAACAUGUUAUUUAAAAAACACCUUUAAUACUGUGCAUUUAUUCAUAUUAAAAUAGUCACAGGGUACUGUAUACUCUAUAUUGAAUUAUAAUUUUUUAAGGUCUGGCCAUAAAUUCCUUCAUAAGAUCUGGCUGAAAAACACACAGGACUUUUAACUAACAAAUAUUUUUUGUAUAAACUUUACUAUAUAUAUAUAUAACAUAAUAUAAUUGUAAUAUUUUAGGGCUGUUGUUUACAGAUUAUUAAUACUGAUGAGAAACAUUUAGAUCUGCUAAAGCCCUCUCACAUUAUCAACCCACGUAUGAAAACAAUGGUCAUAUAGAAAUGUCAUGUUUACUUAAGAAUGCAUUUAAAUAAAAGGAAAAAAAUUGUCCUGCAAAUAUUCUGAAUUUGCAGACAAUAGCCAGUGCAGGAGCCAGAUUUUUGUGUAGGUAAUCAUUGGCAAAAGAAGAACAAACUGAGUUGAUGCUGUUCGUGAUUGAGAGGGCUGACUCACAGCUGUAUAGAACCAAAUAUAAUCAGGAUAUUUGCAGGUUCAGUUUCACAUUAUCAUUUUUCCCAAGCCCUACAGACCCUGAACAGAUGAGACACGAUCGGUUGACACUUCAAGAAUGGUGAAUAAAACCAAACUUUUCAGAGCAUUUUCGUUGAAUGGUCGGUUUUCAAAAUCGAUUUCUCUUUCGUUGCCUAAGAUGUGCAUAUGUGCUGACAACAUUUCUGUCACAACUGUGGUGACAAUUUUUCCAUUUGUAGAUUUGACUCCACACAACCAAGCAAUUUUAUAUAAAUACAUUUGAUUGGAAAAGACGCAAUCAAAUGCUCACCUAAAUGGUGCGACCCAUCUUAAGCAAAGCAGUAUAACUAAAAUAUAGCAGAAAAGUUUAAACGCGCGCUCCUGUCCGCACAACUGAUGAACCGAGUGCUUUUGCAUGCGCCAUUGGGCAUUGUUAAACUCACCACUGAUUGCUGUGGCUUGCGCCUAUGAACGCUGAGUUUUGCACAGAGAGUGCUCUGGUAUUUCAGAUCGGAGGGCCAGACAGAGAUGAUUGGCGGGCUGUAUUUGGCCCACGGGCCGCCAGUUGACUAGCCCUACCUUAGGAAGUAUCGAUUCCGUUCAAUUUUUUUCUCUCCACAAAUUCAAACUGAACUAGCAAUAAUGUAGCUUAACUAGAAACUUGCAACAGAGUAUAUGGUGAAAUCACACAAACUGUCCGAGCAGUUUGACUAACUUUUACCUGUUUACGAACUUGUGUAGAUCUAUAAAAACCUUGGAAUAUUCCACUACAGCCUGAUCUGAGGGGGAAAGGGUUGCUUGCACUGAUGGUGCUGAAAAUAACAGCAAUAUCAAUCAUAUCGGUGUUGUAACAGUGAUAUUUAAAAAUUCAGCACACGUUAUUUAGCAUUAAUGAACAUAACAAAGCAUAUUAUUUGUAUUUUUAGGGGGCCCUAGGCAUAUGCCUACCUUUGCUUAGUGCUUAGUCUGCCCCUGGCUGUGGUUGCAUCUUCUUUGUUAAAUUCCUAUAAGAACCUCUGUUAAGGCUCAAAUGUUUUUUUUCCACUUUGUGAUUUGAAUAUUGAAAGUUUUGAAUAAAAUGUACACAUGGAGCUUUCAUAUCCCCAGAUGUUUCAAUACUUUAAUUCUUAAUAUGUUGUUAGUAAACUAAUAUGUAUGAACAGUGUAGUUUAGCAAGAAAUUAUUUUAGGUUUUAGGCAGAAUAUUUGUGUAAUGUACAAAAUUAUAAUAAAAUGUAUGAAACCUCAGAAGUUGUUGCCUUUUAAUAAUGUAAAGUCCAGUUCAUGUCAAAAAUUUAAAAUGGCUAAUAUAAAUGCAUUAAACAUAAAUCUAAAAAAUAAAUUGAUUUGGAACAUUGAUCUUCUUUGAAGUUUUCUAACUUGGGGGGCAAUUUUAUGGUUAUUUCCUCAGCUGUAUUUCUGAACUUCUACAGGGUUUACAGCACCAGAGAAUGCUCUUCCAAAUCAUUGAUGGAAGAUUGAGUUUUAUGUUUACUAUAUAUCUGGAUUUGACAAUGAGUAACAUCUUUGAAAGUUAAUAUUGUCUAAAUUAUAAUAUACAGACUGUGUCUCAUGUACUAAUAUAUAUAUAUAUAUAUAUAUAUAUACACACACACACACACUGCGUGCACAAUUAUUAGGCGA